AUGAUUUCGCUGACCCGACUGGCGACUUGGCGACUUCGCCUUAGACGGCUUUGUGGCUUAUCACUCACUCCGCUCAGUUCGUAAGUCAUUCUCUUCUUUUUUUACAAUAAAUUUCUUCUCUAGAAGGCUUCGAAACUCUGGCUGUGCUGCUCAAAAACCUCAGAAAACCGUUGUUGUAGAAAUGGAUCAGAAGUCGGCAAUGCGGGACUUUGUUGAGCGGGUUGACCGCUUCGUCGAGGGUGGUUUCUCUGAGGUCAACAUGGAUUUUGCGGUAAGUAGCAACUUUUGAAUGCAUUUGAUUGGUAGGAAUAUGUAAACAUUCGAUUUUCUUAUCUUAUAUUGGAAACAAUGAAAUUUUUUUCAGAAAUUACGAGGAAUUCAGGACGAAUUUCAACUCGAAAACGAAUAUUCGAUGUCUGAUGGCCUUUCUUGUGUACUGCAAAACAGAUAUCGAGACGUCGUCCCAUGUAUGUUAUUGUUUUACCUAAUGCAACUUAAAUUUUUAGAUAACAAAAACCGGAUAAAGCUCAAAGACCGCGAAGCCCCUGACAACGACUAUAUCAACGCUUCAUUAAUUGAAUAUCCCGAUGUGGAGCGAAAGUAUAUUGCCGCACAGGCUCCUUUGCCAAACACAAUAGAUGACUUCUGGCAUAUGAUCGGCCAGAAUAAUGUUAAGGUGGUCGUUAUGCUUUGCAAGACCGUUGAAAAUUCUAUGGUAUGUGUGUUAUUAAAUAGACACUGUUUUUUAGUCAAAGUGCGUUCAAUAUUUCCCCGAAAAUGUUGGGGACACGAUGGAUAUUACGCAUGGUGUGCUUGAAACAAUAAAAGAAGAAAAGUUUGAUGAAUUUUCCGUUAGAGAACUUAAGUUCGUCCAUAGCAAGUUUGGAGAGUCCAUAAUCUAUCAAUUACAUUAUACGGAAUGGCCAGAUCACGGCUGUCCGAACGGUCUUGAUCAAGUUUUUCGAUUUGUUGAAUUGAUGGAUGAAUGUCAACUGAAAUAUGCUCAAGACAAGUCACCAUUACUUCUACAUUGUUCUGCCGGUUGUGGCCGGACAGGAACUGUUGUUGGGGUCGAUAUCUUUAGGACUUUAAUUAGAGAAAACGUAAGUUUCUUUAGCGUCGAUGUAUUCUGUAUCCAUCGCCUGUUUAUUUUAUACGUCAUCUGAAAUUAUCGGUAUUAUUGUGAUGUUUUCAGAAAAUCAACUCCAAGAUUGAUCUCCAGGAAUUUGUUUUGACACUUCGGAAGCAGCGAACGGCCUUUGUUCAGUCAGCUGUAAGUGAUUUGAUUAUAAUCUUACUCUAGUUUAGUCUCAAUAUCAAUUACUCCACAAAUUGGUAGCUCAUUACUGUAAACUCGCUUUGGAAACAGAGGAAUCGGAGAAAGAGGAGGCAAAAUGCGCUGCGAACGAGCCAGAUGUUGAUAUGAACGAGAACAACGAGAGUGAUCAGCAUUUGGAGGAAGAGGAAACCGUAAGCGGGGGUUUUGAGUGUCCAGUUUAUAUUCUAAGGCCCUUUGCUGCGAAUUUAUGACCUUAGGGAUUUCUUCGUACGGUAUGACCUCAGGCAUCCCACCUUCUACUUUUCUUAAUCUCGCAUGAAUGAUCUCUUUUCAGGUGAACGUCCGUCUCUAA